UUUUCACACGUUCUCCCGUCGCGUGCGAAGGAAGCAGCCCUUUGUGUUUUGCGGAGAGCUAAUUUUUUUGGCCCCUUUUUGUGUUCUCGUAUAACCGCGGACGUUCGAAACCCUAACCCUAGAUUGUACGACGAGAUAUCUCUUCGAUUCGCCUUCUCGUCUGUGUCCCUUCCAAUUAUCUUUUUAAUUCGAUGGCAGCUAAACCUCUUACAAGCGAGGCAAUUGCACUCACAGAGAAAAAAAUGGACAUGACAUUAGAUGAUAUCAUUAAAAUGUCUAAGAGUACUACAGUUAAGGAUAAGAAGCCAAGGACUGUGAGUAGGAGUCAGAAAUUUUUGAGCGGUAUUGCCCAAGACAAAUCAGCAAAGAUGCGCCGAUUUAUGGACUCCAGAUCUUCACUUAGACAGGGUGUUCUUGCUCAGAGAAGGUCAAAUUUUCAGGCAAAUCAAUUUCCCUUGGCAAAUGAGGUUGCAAGAAAGGCUGCAGCUGCUCCUAUUCGAAAUCGAGCUUUUAAUCGCAACAGGGUGCCUAAUUGGAAUAGGCCAAGGGUUGGAGCUCUUCAUAGGAAUGUUGCAAAUGGGGGUUUCGCUGUAAAGUAUCAACAGCAUCAGCAUCAGCAACAGCAGCAGCAUCAGCAACAGCAACAACAACACAAGCAGGUGAAGCCAGUGCCUAAGCAGAGGCCUCAGACUCUGGACUCACUGUUUGCAGACAUGAAGGAGCAGAGGAUGAGGGUUUCAUCACGCCAGAACAAUGCUGGGCGUCAGAAUGGAUUUGGGGUGCAAAGGCUGCCCCGGGGAAGAGGCCGAUUUGGCAACUAGGCCUAGUCUACAUAACUGAUCAUGCACUAGCUUGUGGGAAUGCAAAAUUUGGGAUUUUCCUUUUAAUCUCCUUAAGUUUUGUGCUUUUCAAUUUCUUUCCUUACCCCCCCCCCCCAUCUUUGUCUAAAGGGUGAACUGAUAGGAUAAUUCUGAGUUCAUUUGCACUUUGCAUUUGUACAGCCUCUCUCUUCGAUUA